AACUGCUUGAGGAGGAGGGAUGCUGGCCUUUUAAAUCAGUUACAAGAGCUAGAUAAGCAAAUAAGUGAUCUCCGCCUGGACGUGGAAAAAACGACAGAUGAACACCUUGAGACAGACAGUCGUCCAAGUUCAGGGUUUUAUGAGCUGAGUGAUGGAGCUUCUGGAUCGCUCUCCAAUUCAUCUAACUCUGUCUUCAGUGAGUGUUUAUCCAGUUGCCAUUCUAGCACUUGCUUUUGCAGCCCUUUGGAGGCAACACUGAAUAUCUCAGAUGGACGCCCUAAAUCUGCAGAUCUCAUAGGCUGGAUGGACUAUAAUAAGGAAGGCCAGCAUGAGGACCAGACCGCAGGCUCUGUCUGUCGCUCUUUGUCCACACCGCACUCAAAUUCCCUCGAUGUCGUUGCAGAUGUCCAUCCAAAGUACCAGUGCGAUUUGGUGUCUAAAAACGGGAAUGAUGUCUACCGGUACCCCAGCCCACUCCAUGCAGUAGCUGUGCAGAGUCCCAUGUUUCUUCUCCCCGUCACUGAAAACCCCCAGCGAGAAGAGGAGAGGCUUGGUUGCGACAUUAGCGACGUUUGCACCGGAUCGGAAACGGACUCGGGAAAACCGGCCACCACCUUUGUGGCGCAAAGCUCCUGGCCGGCACCGUGCCCUUCCACCAGCAAGAGGAUAGACGGUUACAUCUUAAGCCUGGUUCAGAAAAAGACUCACGCGGUAAGGACUAACAAACCCAGGACGAGUCUCAAUGCCGAUCCCACCAAAGGGAUCUUGAGGCAUGGAAGCAUGUGCGUCAGGCAGCCUGCAGGGGUGGUGGCUCACGGUAACGUCGUGAACCUGAAGAGCUCCAAGCAAGCGUGCUUGCCUUCUGGUGGGACCACCGCCCUGGACCACGUGGCAUCCUCCCCGUUAAAGCAGAGGCUGAGGGAGCCGGCUGGCGAGCAGCUGGAGAGUAGGAAGGCACCUUUACCAGCGGCUUUCCCACCCGGCGCGGCGAGUGAACUCCAGAGCAAACACCUGGCGCGGGGCAUCAAACCGGCACCUCUGGAGCUCAACCGCAACGCGGUGGCCGUGGCAGGGGACGUCCCCAAGGAGAACGGCCAGCUCUUUGCCGCCCGGAGAACAGGGUCAGCCAGCCUCCCCAAAGAGAGCCCGGGGAAACCCGUGGUGCCGCAGCCAGAGAACAGGGUCAGCCAGCCUCCCAAAAAAAUACUGCUGAAGAGCAGCUCGCAGGUGGCUCGUUCCUCGUCACCUGCUGUCGAGGAGAGGCCCGCGCUGGAUUUCAAAAGCGAGGGCUCUUCCUCCCAGAGCCUGGAUGAUGGGUUGCUGGUGAACGCCCAGUACAUACCAGCCCAGCAGCAAAGCGUGAAACUUCACAAAGGCACCCGAAACGUCAAGAUUUUGAAAAGCUCCGCGCUGAAACACAGACCCCACCUUGCCAACGGGCUGGAAAACGGUUCCCAGACUUUGCGGGAGAAAGCCAAGCCUGUCGGCAAGAAGUGCCGCUUUCCCGAUGAGUUGGAUACAAAUAAGAAACUGAAAAAGCCCACCUCGCGGGGGAAGAGGGGCAGCGGCUCGCCGACCGUUUCCUACGAGGAGGCCCUACGGAGGGCAAGGAGGAACCGGCGGGAGGGCGUGGGGGUCUACUCGCAAGUCCCCCUGCCCUACGUCAGCCCCUACGCCUACGUGGCCAGUGACUCGGAGUACUCGGCGGAGUGCGAGUCCUUGUUCCACUCCACUGUGGUGGACACGAGCGAGGACGAGCAGAGCAACUAAAAAAACUGCUUUGGAGACAGCGAGUCAAGCCUGAGCGAGGUGGAGUUCGUAGGGGAGAGCACGACCACCAGUGACUCUGAUGAGAGUGGGGGCCUUAUUUGGUCUCAGUUUGUCCAGACGCUCCCCAUCCAAACGGUCACGGCGCCGGAGUUGCACGAGAAUGCGGCGAAGGCCUUUGUCAAAAUCAAAGCCUCCCAUAACCUCAAGAAGAAAAUCCUUCGCUUUCGGUCGGGCUCCCUGAAGCUCAUGACAACCGUCUAGUGAGGUGACUUGGUGGAAUGUAUCUGCUUCUGCUUUUGGAAGCAAGGUGCUUUUGUGUACAUAUUUCCACAGAUUUUUUUUUUUUUUAUACAAAUAUUUAAAACUUAAGGUAAAUUAUGUCACUUGUCUUCAGAACUUGGUUGGAUACUAGUGCCUUUUACGUGGAAAUAAAAGACGAUUAUACUUGUCUUAAAAAAACAAACCAUAACCCUACCAUUUCAGUGGUGAACAGCCUCCAGUGCAUGGUAUCAGAAGGCUUUGAAACAAGGCUAAUGUUUCUGGGAAUGGGUCCUCCUUGCCUAGUUUUUCCAGUUCUGGGUCUUAUACAGGAUAUUGACAGCUUAAGGUCAUAAGUUUUUAGGGGAUAAGGGGGAGGGAGUGCGGGUGGUCUUCACGUUUUUGCUUGUCCCUUUCUGCUGCUCCUGUUGCCACAUCUUAAACUUCUUCCUCCUGGUAGUCUGGCCUGUUUUUCUUUCUUUUCUUGUCAAUUCUCUUCUUCAAACUCACCUCUGUCCUCCCUCAGCCUUCCCCCACCAGGAAAGGGCUCCUGUUCAAUCUGUCUCCAAGGUUAAGUUGAGUGCCUUCUCUGGAGUGCACUCUGCUCCGAUCUCCUGGGAGUCCCGCUGCGGAUGACGGCGGUGUUGAGAGUAGACUGUUGGAGCAGCUGACCAAGGCUUAGUAACUUCAAUAUAUUGUGUAAAACUGCUUUUGAAAAAGAAAAAAAAAACCCACAUAUGCAUGUCACGUGCAUGAGUAUCAGUAGUUUUAAUAUUCCUGUUGAUGUCCAAUUUACUGUACAUCAUCAAUGGCUGUUUUUAUAUAUAU